UACAGAUGGCGCUAAAGCAAUUAUUUGGCAAGUUUUUACAUGGAAUGCUGACCGGUCGAAUGUCGCUUGACUGAUUGGAUACCAAUAAUUUAUCAGGAAACAAACAAGAUGUCUGACGGCGAGGACGAUUUUAUGGCUGACAAUGAUAGUGAUGAUUAUAAUUUAGAAUAUUCAGAAGAUACCAACUCUGAGCCAGAUGUAGACCUCGAGAACCAGUACUACAACUCCAAGGCAUUGAAGGAAGAUGAUCCAAAGUCAGCACUAGAAAGUUUUCAAAAGGUGUUGGACCUUGAAGAUGAGAAAGGAGAUUGGGGAUUCAAGGCACUUAAACAGAUGAUCAAGAUUAAUUUUCAGCUGGGUAACUAUGAUGAAAUGAUGACAAAAUACAAGCUACUAUUAACAUACAUCAAGAGUGCAGUAACGAGAAACUACUCCGAGAAGUCUAUUAAUAGCAUCUUAGACUACAUCUCUACUUCCAAGAACAUGCAACUGCUUCAAGAAUUCUACGAGACGACCCUCAUGGCCCUCAAGGAUGCCAAGAAUGACAGGUUAUGGUUUAAAACAAAUACAAAGCUUGGAAAACUGUACUAUGACAGAGAAGAAUUCAACAAGCUAGCAAAGAUCUUAAAACAGUUACACCAGUCAUGUAAAAACCAAGAUGGCACAGACGAUCUCAAAAAGGGUACCCAACUUUUAGAAAUCUACGCACUUGAGAUUCAGAUGUACACAUCACAGAAGAACAACAAGAAACUGAAAGCGUUGUAUGAGCAAUCUCUACAAAUCAAGUCUGCAAUACCUCAUCCACUUAUCAUGGGUGUUAUCAGAGAAUGUGGCGGUAAGAUGCAUCUGCGUGAGUGUGAAUACGAAAAGGCGCAUACAGACUUCUUUGAGGCUUUCAAGAACUAUGAUGAAUCAGGUAGUCCUAGGAGAACAACAUGUCUCAAGUACUUGGUCUUAGCAAACAUGCUCAUGAAAUCAGAUAUCAACCCGUUUGAAUCUCAAGAGGCUAAACCUUACAAGAAUGAUCCUGAGAUCCUAGCAAUGACGAAUCUAGUCAGUGCCUAUCAGAAUAACGAUAUCAACGAGUUUGAGAAGAUCUUAAAGAAUAACAGACGGAACAUCAUGGAUGAUCCCUUUAUAAGAGAGCACAUAGAAGAUCUACUGAGGAAUAUCAGGACACAAGUCUUAAUCAAACUCAUCAAACCAUACACAAGAAUCCAUAUUCCUUUCAUUUCAAGAGAACUUAACAUAGAUGUAGCAGAAGUUGAAAGCUUACUAGUUCAGUGUAUAUUAGAUAAUACAAUAUGCGGGAGGAUAGACCAGGUCAACCAACUACUGGAAUUAGAUCAAAAAUCAAAAGACACAGCACGCUACCAUGCACUGGACAGGUGGACGGUACAACUAGCAUCUCUACAACAGUCGGUGGGCAACAAGAUGGCUUGAAC